ACCGCCUCCAUUUGUUCCUCUUCCACAGCCCACGACCAUGGCGGCAGCGGAGAGCCGCCUCCUUGUUAUGUACGCCUCGGAGACCGGGAACGCCAUGGACGCGGCCGAACGUGUCGGCCGCCAGGCCGAGCGGGGCGGCUGCCCGGCCGUCGAUGUCCUCCCCAUGGACAGCUUCGAUCCUAGUUGCCUACCUAGCGAGCGGCUCGUGGUCUUCGUCGUGUCCACCACGGGGCAGGGCGAUCCCCCGGAUUCCAUGAAGGAGUUUUGGAGGUACCUUCUUAAGAAGAAUUUGGGUGCGAGGUGGCUUCAAGGGGUCCGAUACGCGGUGUUUGGGCUCGGGGAUUCAGGCUAUCAGAAGUACAAUUUUGCUGCAAAAAAACUCGAUAGAAGGCUUUUACAUCUUGGUGCAGAACCAAUCAUACAGGUAGGCUUGGGAGAUGAUCAACACCCUUCAGGAUAUGAAGGAGCUUUAGAUCCCUGGUUGCUGUCUUUGUGGGAAUCACUGAAUCAAACAACUCCUUUGCUGUUACCAAGAAUGUCUGAUAUCAUUAAUCCUGAUUUAAGUAUCUUAGGAGAUGCAAAAGUUGAAGUCAUCUAUCACUCUUCUGACAAGGCUCAACAAGAUUCUAACAUUUUGGAUUCCAAGAAUUUAAUCCAGAGAGCGCGCUCAAUGUCCCCUGCCCUACAGUUCUAUAACAAUGAAAAAGAGCCACAUUAUAUGCUACAAAUGGUAUCAAAUCAGCGUUUAACUAAGGAAAAUUCUGACAGAGAUGUGCGCCACUUUGAACUGGAAAGUCCAUCUUCCGGCAUCACUUAUCAGGUUGGCGAUGCUCUAGAUAUUCUACCAAGUCAGAGUCCAUCAGCUGUUGACUCUUUCAUUGAACGCUGUAAACUGGAUCCAGAUUGUUACAUAACGGUUCGAGCCAAGGGCAGGGUUAAAGUUUCCAAAGUUUCACUUUUGAAUGGAUUUAUUGAUCGCAUCAAGUUAAAGACCUUUGUUGCUUUGACAAUGGAUGUCGCAUCAGCUUCCCCUCGGCGAUAUUUCUUUGAGGUCAUGAGCUUUUUUGCAACGUCUGAACAUGAAAAGGAAAAACUUCAGUAUUUUGCUUCUCCAGAAGGAAGAGAUGACCUUUACCAGUACAAUCAAAAGGAGGGCCGAACUGUUCUAGAAGUAUUGGAGGAUUUUCCCUCCGUACAAAUGCCUUUUGAAUGGUUGGUGCAACUAACGCCUCCAUUAAAGAAAAGAGCCUUUUCCAUAUCAUCAUCUCCAUUAGCAGAACCAAAUCAAAUACACUUGACUGUUAGCAUUGUGUCAUGGCGUACACCUUUCAAAAGGACGCGGCAUGGUCUCUGCUCUUCAUGGCUGGCAGGGCUAAAUCCAAAUGAAGAAAAUCUUAUACCGUGUUGGGUACACCAUUCUUCUUUGCCUCCACAUCCAUCGAUUCCACUUAUUCUUAUUGGACCAGGAACUGGAUGUGCACCAUUCCGUGCAUUUGUUGCGGAAAGGGCUGCACAAAGUACACCAGAACCAACAGCACCCAUUCUAUUCUUUUUUGGCUGUAGAAAUCAAGACAACGAUUUCCUAUACAAGGACUUCUGGUAUGCUCAUGCCCAUGACCAGGGAGUUUUGUCCUUGAAAAAUGGCGGUGGUUUCUUUGUUGCCUUUUCUAGAGAUCAGCCUCAAAAGUUCUAUGUGCAGCACAGGAUAAAGGAGCAGAGUGCAAAAGUGUGGAAUUUGCUGAAGUCCGGGGCUGCAAUUUACAUCGCUGGCUCGUCUACCAAAAUGCCAGCUGAUGUUACAGCUGCACUGGAAGAAGUUAUCUGCCAAGAAAGUGGUUGUUCAGAAGAGGAUGCCUCGAUAUGGCUCAGGAAACUAGAAAGGAAUGGUAAAUUUCACAUUGAGACCUGGUCAUAGUUAUGGUAGUAUCUAAUCAAAUGGCUUAUGCACAAUCAAGUUUCCACAGAUGUAUACAGGGUAAAUAGCUAAGCGAAUUCUGGUGUGGAUCAGUGUUGUUAAAAUUUUAGAGGUAUAUACAUGUCCACAUACAUAAAUGGAAAAUAAUUCUUGGACAAAAUAAUUUCAAAGGGCAAACAUAGCACAUCGGUUUAAUCCCUUUAUUUCUGGCUGGAUGAUGGCACAAGAAGAUAACAUCUCAUUUGAAUUCAGAAUUCAGGUGAGAGCAUUGCACAGCAGCUCUUGUUGCAUUUGGUAUCUGUCUACCUUCGUUUCCAUUCAGCUUUUGUUGGACUUGCAAGGAUCCAGAUCAUGUUGUCACCUUUCGAUAGGAAUUCUUAAGUUCUUGCUAAAAUAAUAUAGUUAGUUAAUAUUCAUUUCAACAAACAUUUUGCGUAGCUAAAUGUUAUUAUUGUUAUUGUUGUUUAUCUUGUGAUUGUAAAUAUGGGACCCAUCCUCAGCCUUGAGCGGUCUGUUCAUUUGAGAUAUCCUAAGCAGGCCAGUGAUGCUGGAAACACCAUCUAAAUAACCAUGCUUGCAAAUAGUUAUCUAGCUUCAGGUAGCGGUAGCUUUUCCAUAAUCUCUAGCUUCUCUAAUCUAAACAGCCUAAAUUAUCAUUCAGAUUCCGAGA